CCCUGAGGCUCCGGUGUAACUUCCCGGCGGGCCGCCGCCGCCGCCUCCUCUCUGCCCCGCUCCCCCGCCUGUGAGCCCGAGCGUCUCCUCCGCCUUCUGAAACCUCGGUGCCCCCGGUGCCUCCACCGCGGCACAGCCCGCAACUCCUAACCCGUGAGACCGCUGCGUAGCUCCUCGGGCCAUUGACCGCAGCCCUCGGUGCCUCAGUUUCCCCUCAGUGAGGCGGGGUUGAGCCCUUGGCGCACCAGGGCUACGGAAAUUAAAGAGCCGUUGGAAAGGCAAGGUUUUCCUGUUCUGGCUAAUGCUAGGAGGCGCUGUUUCUCAGGACUGAGUGGCCCAUGGAACAAAAUGGUGGGAGUGGGUUUUGGAGUAGCCCUGUGUGCAGUCCCUAUUGUACAGAAACACGAGCCCACUUCUCUCAGUCAUGAAGCCUUGAUUAGAAGGGCAAUUUCUCUGGUAACAGACAGUACUUGUACUCUUCUCUCUCAAACAACAUAUGCAUUAAUUGAAGCAUUAACAGAGUAUACAAAGGCAGUUUACACACUGGUGUCUCUCUACCGGCAAUAUACAAAUCAUCUUGGGAAAAUGAAUUCCAAAGAGGAGGAUGCGGUAUGGCAGGUGAUCAUAGGAGCAAGAGUUGAGAUGACUUCAAAGCAGCAAGAAUUCCUGAAGUUAGAAUCCAGUUGGAUGACCGCUUUACAUCUUUCAGAGAUGGCAGCAGAAGCUGCAUAUGAAUCAGGUGCAGAUCAAGCUUCAGUGACAGCUCGCAACCAUAUUCAGCUGGUGAAAACACAGGUGCAAGAGGUACGACAGCUGUCACAGAAAGCAGAGACCAAAUUAGCUGAAGCUCAGACAGAAGAGCUCAUUAACACAAAAGUUGAGGAAUCGUCACAGCCAUGCAGUAUCCCAGAAACCACAGAGGAAGUCGAAGAGUCUUACCUUCGCGAAGACUGAAAAAAACAAACAAA